GGCGGGAGGCAGAGCGCCCGGCAGCAGACGCCCAGGUCGCCCGCGCCCCGCGCCGCAGGACGAGCCCGCGCGCCGGCCCCGCUCUCCAGCCCUCGCCCGGGCGCCCCGCCUGCCUCCCGGCCCCGGACGGCGAGCCCCCGCCCUCGGCCUCGGCCUCCGCUGAGCCCCCCGGCGCCGCCCCUGCCGCCCGAAGCGCCCAGCCCGCCGCCGGCCCCGCCAUGGCGGAGACCAACAACGAGUGCAGCAUCAAGGUGCUCUGCCGGUUCCGGCCCCUGAACCAGGCCGAGAUCCUGCGGGGAGACAAGUUCAUCCCCAUCUUCCAGGGGGACGACAGCGUCGUUAUCGGGGGGAAGCCAUAUGUCUUUGACCGUGUGUUCCCCCCAAACACGACUCAGGAGCAAGUUUAUCAUGCGUGUGCCAUGCAGAUUGUCAAAGAUGUCCUUGCUGGCUACAAUGGCACCAUUUUUGCUUAUGGACAGACAUCCUCAGGGAAAACACAUACCAUGGAGGGAAAGCUGCAUGACCCCCAGCUGAUGGGAAUCAUUCCUCGAAUUGCCCGAGACAUCUUCAAUCACAUCUACUCCAUGGAUGAGAACCUGGAGUUCCAUAUCAAGGUUUCUUACUUUGAGAUUUACCUGGACAAAAUUCGCGACCUUCUGGAUGUGACCAAGACAAAUCUGUCUGUGCAUGAGGACAAGAAUCGGGUGCCAUUUGUCAAGGGUUGUACUGAACGCUUUGUGUCCAGCCCAGAGGAGAUUUUAGAUGUGAUUGACGAGGGGAAAUCAAAUCGUCAUGUGGCCGUCACCAACAUGAAUGAACACAGCUCUCGGAGCCACAGCAUCUUCCUCAUCAACAUCAAGCAGGAGAACAUGGAGACCGAGCAGAAGCUCAGUGGGAAGCUGUACCUAGUGGACCUGGCAGGGAGCGAGAAGGUCAGCAAGACCGGAGCAGAGGGAGCUGUGCUGGACGAGGCAAAGAAUAUCAACAAGUCACUGUCAGCCCUUGGGAAUGUGAUCUCUGCACUGGCUGAGGGCACGAAAAGCUACGUUCCAUAUCGUGACAGCAAAAUGACACGGAUUCUCCAGGACUCUCUGGGAGGAAACUGCCGGACAACUAUGUUCAUCUGCUGCUCACCGUCCAGCUACAACGAUGCAGAGACCAAGUCCACCCUGAUGUUCGGGCAGCGGGCAAAGACCAUUAAGAACACUGCCUCUGUGAAUCUGGAGUUGACUGCCGAGCAGUGGAAGAAGAAAUAUGAAAAGGAGAAGGAGAAGACAAAGGCUCAGAAGGAGACAAUCGCCAAGCUAGAGGCUGAGCUCAGCCGGUGGCGCAAUGGAGAGAAUGUGCCUGAGACAGAGCGCCUGGCUGGGGAUGAUGCCGCCCUGGGAUCUGAGCUCUGUGAGGAGACCCCUGUGAAUGACAACUCGUCCAUCGUGGUGCGCAUUGCGCCUGAGGAGCGGCAGAAAUAUGAGGAAGAGAUCCGCCGCCUCUAUAAGCAACUCGAUGACAAGGACGAUGAGAUCAACCAGCAGAGCCAGCUCAUAGAGAAGCUUAAGCAGCAGAUGCUGGACCAGGAAGAGCUGCUGGUGUCCACCCGAGGAGACAAUGAGAAGGUCCAGCGGGAGCUGAGCCACCUGCAGUCUGAGAACGACGCUGCGAAGGAUGAGGUGAAGGAGGUGCUGCAGGCCCUGGAGGAGCUGGCCGUGAACUACGACCAGAAAUCCCAGGAAGUGGAGGAGAAGAGCCAGCAGAACCAGCUUCUGGUGGAUGAGCUGUCUCAGAAGGUGGCCACCAUGCUGGCUCUGGAGUCUGAGUUGCAGAGGCUACAAGAGGUCAGCGGACACCAGCGCAAACGGAUUGCUGAGGUGCUGAAUGGGCUGAUGAAGGACCUGAGUGAGUUCAGUGUCAUCGUGGGCAACGGGGAGAUUAAGCUGCCGGUGGAGAUCAGUGGAGCCAUUGAGGAGGAGUUCACGGUGGCCCGACUCUAUAUCAGCAAAAUCAAGUCGGAAGUCAAGUCUGUGGUCAAGCGCUGCCGGCAGCUAGAGAACCUUCAGGUCGAGUGUCAUCGCAAGAUGGAGGUGACUGGGCGGGAGCUCUCAUCCUGCCAGCUCCUCAUCUCUCAGCACGAGGCCAAGAUCCGCUCACUUACAGAAUAUAUGCAGAGUGUGGAGCUAAAGAAGCGACACCUGGAAGAAUCCUAUGACUCCCUGAGCGAUGAGCUGGCCAAGCUCCAGGCCCAGGAAACUGUGCAUGAAGUGGCCCUGAAGGACAAGGAGCCGGACACACAGGAUGCAGAUGAAGUGAAGAAGGCCCUGGAGGUGCAGAUGGAGAGUCACCGGGAGGCCCAUCACCGGCAGCUGGCCCGGCUCCGGGAUGAGAUCAACGAGAAGCAGAAGACCAUUGAUGAGCUCAAAGACCUGAAUCAGAAGCUCCAGUUAGAGCUAGAGAAGCUUCAGGCUGACUACGAGAAGCUGAAGAAUGAAGAACAUGAGAAGAGCAGCAAACUCCAGGAACUGACAUUUCUGUACGAGCGACAUGAACAGUCCAAGCAGGACCUCAAGGGUCUGGAGGAGACAGUUGCCCGGGAACUCCAGACCCUCCACAACCUUCGCAAGCUGUUCGUUCAAGACGUCACGACUCGAGUCAAGAAAAGUGCAGAAAUGGAGCCCGAGGACAGUGGGGGGAUUCACUCCCAAAAGCAGAAGAUUUCCUUUCUUGAGAACAACCUGGAACAGCUUACAAAGGUUCACAAACAGCUGGUACGUGACAAUGCAGAUCUGCGUUGUGAGCUUCCUAAAUUGGAAAAACGACUUAGGGCUACGGCUGAGAGAGUUAAGGCCCUGGAGGGUGCACUAAAGGAGGCCAAGGAAGGUGCCAUGAAGGACAAGCGCCGGUACCAGCAGGAGGUGGACCGCAUCAAGGAGGCUGUUCGGUACAAGAGCUCCGGCAAGCGGGGCCAUUCUGCUCAGAUUGCCAAACCUGUGCGGCCUGGCCACUACCCAGCAUCUUCACCCACUAACCCCUACGGCACCCGGAGCCCUGAGUGCAUCAGUUAUACCAACAGCCUCUUCCAGAACUACCAGAAUUUGUACCUGCAGGCUGCACCAAGCUCCACCUCAGACAUGUACUUUGCAAACUCCUGUACCAGCAGUGGGGCCACGUCUUCUGGCGGUCCCCUGGCGUCCUACCAGAAGGCCAACAUGGACAAUGGAAAUGCCACAGAUAUUAAUGACAACAGGAGUGACCUGCCCUGCGGCUACGAAGCUGAGGACCAGACCAAGCUUUUCCCUCUGCACCAAGAGACGGCAGCCAGCUAAUCUCCCUCAGGACUGCUGCAUACCUGCACUUUCAGUUUCUAAGAGGGACUGAGGCCUCUCCUCUCAGCAUGCUGCAAACCUGUGGUCUCUGAUACUAACAACUCCCUCCCAACCCUCGUUGUUCAACUGUACUGUUUGAUGUCUUCUCUUACUCUGUAUCUCUUUGUACUCUGUAUCUAUAUAUCAAAAGCUGCUGCUAUGUCUCUCUCCUCUCUGUCUCACUCUCUAAGUAUCUAAUGAUGUAUUUAGCAAUUUCUAAGCAUAGUAUACUCUCCUCAUUUGGGGCAAUAGGGAGGAGGGUGAAUGUUUCUUCUUUCAAACAUGCGUCUCUCACACUGAGUGGUAUUAGUCAUGGAGAUGAUAAAAGGAAAAAAUGGGAGCUAGAGGGCUGUGAUCCUUCACGCACACACACGCAUACAUACACAUGCACACACACGCACACACACACACAAAGCCUUAAACGGAAGAAUGUCUUAGCAUCAUAAGAAAAUACAGAAAUAGAUUCUUCCUCCCUCCUCUUUCACAUAUACACAGGGGAGGGUAAAAUGGAAGAACUGCUAAAUUACAGGUAGAGGUUUCUUCAUAUAACCCCUCGACUGAACCGAAGGGGUUUGGGUGUGCAACUCCACCCUCCAAAGUAUACCUUUUGCCUUUCUCUUCCUGUCCCUCUAUCCCCUGCCCCAAUGACCCAGGACAUGGAUUGUUCAAGGGACCAUUUCCCUUUCUCCUCAAAACUCCUUUUGAUAUUCUCUGCCCCAGAACUCAUGAAGAGAACCUAGAGUUGCUUUAAAAUAUUUUGAAUAUGAAUAUUUGAGGAGGCAGACCCUGUCCAACAGUCUGCCAAGUGGAUGCUCAUCUGUCAGGUGAUUGCUUCUUUGGGUUUGAGGGUGAACAGGCUGAGAAAUUCCAAGUAUUUUUUGCCACAGUGAUGAGCUGGAUUCCUUUCUCUGUCCCAUAUUGGGCUGCAUGUUCUUCCCAUCUCCAUCUUUUGGUUUGGGACCUUCCAGUUCAUUGGCAAAAUAUCUAUCUCAAGAUGCCUUCCUUUCAGGCUAGAGCCUGACUUUUCCCCAUAAUGCAUUAAAAUUUUUUUUUGGACAGAAUUCCUUUGAUAAUGUCGCCAUCUGGCAUUAAGUGCACUUUAAAGAAAGAGGCAGAGCAGAUUUUCUAGACUGGGGGAGGGUAGUUAGAGGGGAGUACCCUCCUCCCAACACUGCCCCAUAUAAUUGAUAGAACUGUUAUUUUAGUUUUAGAUGUCCUUUCCUUCCACAUGGUGCUAAGGUGGUUUUCUAGGUAACUGCAGGGAUGGAAUGAGGAGGUCACAAGCCAGUCAAAUCAAGGAAGUCUGGUGUCCAGAUACCCAGUCUUACUUACAGGAUUCCCCAGCAGCAAGGCAACCAUCACCUAGCUUCUAAGGGAGGAAAGAAAGCUUGGUGUGAAUGCCAGCUUGUAAACACAGGCUAUAUUGGCCUGGAACUCCUUCAAGGAAAAAGUUCUUCUUCCUUUACCUGUUGGGCCCCUCUUAGCAAUUAUAGAAAAAUGCAGGGAAAAAUCUAAGAGUAAAUCCAAGGCAGUGAUAUUCAAACAUUUUUUAAGACAAAUCUUAUAUAGAACCCUGAUAUAAAAAAUAACCCAAAGUGAUGCAGACCUGAGCAGUUUACAUUUUCUUUAUUUGGUGGAAAAUGCUUCAUUAGUGAAGGAGCUCUUGAGUGGUCUUAAGAGUUCGAACCUGAAGGUAGAGUAGUUUGCAAACCACUGCUCUGAAGGAGAGGGGUUCAGCCUGGCUCCCCUGCCCCAAGCACAUAACUCAGAGCAAAGAGGGAAAGGCCCAAUGAGAGAAGAAGGAAGAUGUCUGUGCACCUGUAGACUUGAGCUAAUAUUUGCCAACAGGGCACCUGAGAAGCCAGUGGACUUUAUGUAAUCUUGCCACCAAAUGAUUCUUUUAAAACACAUAAGAAAACGUGAAGGUGUUCAGGCAGAUAAGGAGAGAGAUGUAAGGGAAAUAUAAUUCACUUACAUAAAUAAGAAACACACACACAAGGCCUUCACCAGAAGCUUCACUCUACACCCCCCCCAACCCUUCCUGCCACUACAGCAGCCCUUUCCAGAGAGCCAGGGUCACCACAAGGGACACCUGGCCUGCCCACUCACAUCUGCCAAAAUGUUGCAUGCCAGCGUGGAAGACAAACCAAACCGCACAAACCCCAGUGUGUAUUUACUUGAUGUAUAUAGAUACCUUGAAAAUAAAAUAAAUUCAAUGAUGA